GAAACAAUCGUCCUUUUCCGUAGCUCAUUGGUAAAGAUUGAAGAAAUAUAAUACGUUUAGGAUGCAUGAUCGGCUUAAUGGCCUUGGUGGAGCUAUUAUCCGUGAAGAAAUACUGAAGAGCCAACGAACCAUAGUUGAUUAUGAUCUAAUGAAGAUGCCUUUGCUGUGCUAAUCGAGAAGCUACUGUCUGGGGUGGCUUGAGUGAUAAGGCUUGCGGGUUAGCAUGGUGUGCUCCCUGGUUCUAAUCCCACAGCCUUUCCAUUCUGAAGAAAUCCUUUGGCGGCCACCAGCAGGGCUAUAGCACUUGAGAAUUUCAGAUGGUUUGAGCUUGAAAUUUGAGUCUUUCAGUAGGUUUCAUCUUGAACUUGCUCAAGAUUGACACCAUUGAAGUUCUUCAGUCUCUGGAAGCUCUAGAACAUUUGAGAUCAGUGUGCCUUCAGUUGAUUAUAAGAUUGCCUUGUCUGUCCUAGUUAAUUAAGUUAGAAUUUCUAUUCGUAAAAAAGCUGCAGUCUUUAGAUGAGAUUGAGACCCUCAUGCCUCAGGGACUUGAAGCUAUUGGAGAAACUGAACCUACUGGUGAGUUACAAGCAGGCACAUGAGUAGCACAAGAAGAAUUUCUACCUGUAUCUGGUUAAUUCUUGGCUUAAAUGAGCAAUUUGUCAUAUUGUUUAAACAAAUGAUAUCACACUGCCUUGUAAACAGUUUUUUUGAUAACUUUGUAUGCAUAUUGAAAGGCAGACUUUCGAGAAGACUUUCGAGAUAACUCUGUUAAUAGUUAAUACUAUUUUCAUCAUUAUAAAAAAAAAUAUAUGCAUACAAAGUUAUACUUUUUAGACAAUUGCUUCUGUUACCAAUCAAUGAACCAAAUCACAUGACCAAAAUAGGCAGAUACAAGAAACUGAACUUGAAGAAAGGUAAAUGAUGGGUAUGGUUGCUGCAGACAGAGAUGACACAUGGGUGAAGUGAAGAUCAGCCAUGGCUGCCAUCAUACCUGAGCAGUUUAAAAAGCUUAACUUUUUACUUCAGAGUUCAGAUGUAAUGGCUUUGCAUGUUUUCACGGGCAACAUAUGAUCUCUGUGGAAGUAAAGCAUCUCACUUGACAGAGAGCACUGAACAAUGUUGUUAGAAUGGCAUUCAUAACUCUGGUUACUGGUUUUUAGAAUGAGAUCUUGGAGCUCUUUAGAUUUCUUCCGAGAAAUGCACAUACUAUGAAUUCCACAGUGUGAAUCGAGCCAUUUAGAAAUUGCCAAUGUUUGAAUGGUUGUAUUGUAUUAAACUAUAAUGACUACUGAUAGAAUGGCAAUUCAUUGACUACUGAUGGACAUAUUAUGUUCUACACCAUACCAUUGCAUAGUUAGAGGACGCAUAAUCGUAACCUAUGAGAUCAAUCGACGAAACAUUUGUUGAGGUCGAUUCGAAAUAUUUCUGGAAACUUGUUCUGCUUGAUAUUUGCUAUGCUGAACCGAUAACGCUAAUAAUGCAAACACAUUUGAUAGCAAAGAGGGAAAAUAUUGGUUUUAACCGUCUGAAUAAAAAGAUCACAUGAAAAACAAGUUACUAUCAGGGUAAAGUAAUAUAUCAAUUUUCUGGACGAAACUAGCCCCGCCUCCAUUCUACUGUCUCAUACUUCGCAACCUCACCACGUUUUUGUUGAACCGAAGCCUGAAGCCGCGGGGAAAUGUCAGCACCGGUAACCGCACAGGCAGCUCUAUCAUGUGCGCAGUGGAGAAGGAUCGACGCCGGUGCAAAUCCCUGUCACUCCACUCUUAGCAGCAGUGGAAGAGCUGUCGCCUUCAUUAGUCGUAUCCCCUGCUACCCAAUUCUUGCUCGGUCGUUCAAAAUCGGUUCUUCUUCGACAUCUUCUUCGCCUUUUGAGCUCUCGCCUCCUCCAAUCGAUCAUGACCUUCUUGAGGAGAUUACAGGGGAUGGGGCAACGGUUUCAGAAGAUGGGAUUAUUGAGACAUUUGGCAAUGACGAUGAAGCCUUGGAUGCCUUUGACAAUGGGGUAGUGGUUUCAGAUCUCUCACACUUUGGACGGAUAAGAGUCAGUGGAGAUGAUAGAAUUCAGUUUCUCCACAACCAAAGUACAGCGAAUUUUGAAUGUCUUCAACAAGGACAGGGAUGUGAUACAGUUUUUGUUACACCAACAGCUCGAACGAUUGAUAUUUCACAUGCCUGGAACAUGAAAAACUCAGUUUUGUUAAUGGUCUAUCCUCAGACUUGUAGCAGCAUAACUCAGAUGUUGAAUAAGUACAUAUUUUUUGCUGACAAGGUGGAAGUUGAAGACAUCACCAAGAAAACUAGCUUAUUUAUUUUAGCAGGGCCAAAAAGCAACCAGGUAAUCGAGAGUCUAAAUGUUGGCAAUCUCGUCGGGCAACCUUAUGGUACACAUCACCAUUACACUGUAAAUGGGAUGCCUCUAACCAUAGGGGUAGGAAGUAUCAUAUCCGAAGAAGGUUACACACUGUUAAUGUCCCCUGCUGCGGCUGGGACUGUCUGGAAGUCCCUCUUAUCGCAAGGUGCCCUUCCAAUGGGUUCUAAUGCCUGGGAAAAGCUAAGGGUUGUUCAAGGAAGACCAGCCCCUGGUAAGGAACUGACGGAUGAAUUCAACGUUUUGGAGGCUGGUCUCUGGAAUUCCAUUUCUCUAAACAAGGGGUGUUAUAAGGGACAAGAAACCGUCUCUCGACUCAUAACGUACGAUGGAGUGAAGCAGACGCUAUGGGGGAUUCACCUUUCAGCCGCAGCUGAACCUGGAACCCUCAUCACAGUCGAUGGUAAAAAGGUGGGAAAGCUGACGAGCUAUACAUAUGGAAGAGAAGGAUCCAACGAACAUUAUGGAUUAGGAUACAUCAGAAGGCAAGCGGCUUCCCUGGGAAAGACGGUUGCCAUUGGGGACGACAUUGUUGGAACCUUGGUCGAAGCUCCUUUCCUCUCUCGCCAAUCACCUCCACCAAUCCCAUCAAAGAGCUCCAGCUAGCUCCUCGAAAUCUGGCUGAAGCAACUGGUCACACAAAAAAUGUGUUCCAGAAGGAAAAACUGCAUGUACUAGUUUCAGACUCUUUAAUGUUGUAACAUUAAUAUAAGAACUGUGAUGCUUACAUAUGUCGAGUUGGCUGGUGAAUUUUACCAAGGAAUAUAAGAAUUAUGAUGGCAAGCAAUAGGUGGGUUAAUGCUGGUGGCCACUGGCCAGGGAUUUCUUGUAGGGAAAAUAAAAGAAGCCAUUUAAA